GGAAACACUUUGAUCCUCCUUCCUGAAACUAAAAGUGAAAGUGAUUCAGUUAUUUAAAGCUGAUCCACUUUCCUCACCGGUCAGUCUGGACUGCAGACCUGCUCCUGUUACCAUGGAGACCAGCUGCUGGUUUCUGGCUGCUUCCCUCAUUUACCUGGCAACAGGCCAACAGGAAGUGAGCAUCUCCCAACAGGAAGUGAGCGUGCUGCAGGACGUCAUGUUGGUGUGCCGUGGCGGCGUGGCUAACAUCUCCGUCCUGAAGUGGAGCCGGCCGGACCUGAUCGCCGGCGGCUACGUUUACUUCUACAGGAACAAGCGUAGCUUUGAGCGCUACCAGCACAGCCUCUUCCACGGCAGAGUCAUGCUGCGGGACGCCGCCAUGAUGGGCGGAGACGCCUCGCUCAUCCUGAGGAACGCCAGCUUCCUGGACGCCGGGACCUACGAGUGUCACCUGCAGGGGGCGGGGCCAGGCCCCGAGGUCCGCCGCUCCAUCAACCUGACCGUCACAGACACUGUGGAGACGCCGGCGGCCAUGAUGGACAGCGGCGCCCGGCCUGCAGCUGCUGAUGGCGACAGUGGGAAGGAAACAGGAAGAAGCAACUCCCUCGUUGCUGCUGCUGCAGUUGCUGCUGCAGUUGCUGCUGCAGUUGUUGUUGCAGUUGCUGCUGCAGUUGCUGUUGCUAUAGUUGUUGUUUCCCUUAAAGUUACAUUAGAGGGAAAAUAUUUGAUCCCAAUAAUUUAAACGGCUCCAUUUGUCUAUUUAUUUAUUUAAUAGAAAUUAAAUAUUAAAUAAAACUUCAAAUUUUAUUAGAAACUUUUAUUUCUGUGAAGAAUUUUAAAAUGUUUGUCUGACAGGAGAGAUCGUUUUAGAAACUUUUCACCCUGAAACUUUCUUUAGUCAGAUAUAUAAAAAGUUUCAUGUUGAAUGAACAGAUUAUGAAUUAUCAGUUAUUGAUCGAUAAUUCAGCCUCUGACAGAAACUGUGACUCAGGAUUUAUCUGAAACGCUGAGAGGAUUAAAAUUCCCACAUGAUUCAAACUGAAA